CUUAUUUUUUUUUGGGAAUAUAUUUUCUAAAAACAAGCUUUCCCUUAAAUCCACCGUUCAUUUAGGCGAUGUGCAUUAUAAAAAAGGAAAACCAAAACUCAUUCUUAUCUAAAAGUUGACAAAGCAAAAUAUUCCAUAGCUAUUUCAAUUUAUAUUCAAAAUUAUCUUAUUACGAUACAAUUCACGGAAAAGUCAAUCGAUGAUCAUCUAUAAUUAUUUCGCGUAUAUUCUAUUCGGCUUCUUCACAAUUAAAGCUUUCCCGAUUUACGGAUCUGCAACCACGUUUAAUAGCACUAACCCGUAUAUCGAAUUCACUGAACAACCGCCUCGAAACAUAAAGGUAAAAUUAGACGAUAGCGUAACGUUCACGUGUAAAUUUUUGCUCAAAAAUCCCAACCUUUUACUCAGCGGACAUUACAAACUUAACAAUGAUUCAUGUAGCUGGGCUCUCGCCGAAAAUUCUUUCGACGUAAUAUCAUUAUCUGCGAGGGGUUACCGAACGCUUUCCGAUGAAAUUAGGCUCAAAGUUGACGUGGAAGAUUCCAAGAGGGAUCACAGCUGUCAAUACAUGAUCCCUAAAGUGUCGUCUGGUAUGAAUCAACAAUUCAGAUGUGUGGUAAAGCUGUUCGAUACCGGAAAUUUUGUUAAUGAUAAUAGACGCGAUCCCACCAUUUCCGAUAUAACCGUGGAGGGAGAUCUAUUCAAUUUAACCAUCUUGUCCGAACCAGAAUCUCCCAAUCUUUAUAUAGCCCCGAAUGAUGGAGUGAUCGAGGGUGAUACGCUCAAUAUAAAAUGCAUUAGCAAUUACGGCAAUCCCGCUCCACAAAUAGAGAUAUAUUCUAAUGACAAAAAAAUUGUAGAUGAUCAAGACAAUAAGUUGGUAUAUCAACCGCCUCUGUCUAUGAAUAAAACGAGUUCUCUAACUAUAACUAAAAAUGUCACACUGAAAGAUGAUAAAUCCUUCCUGUCUUGCUCAGUUAUUAAUGAUGCCAUAGAUCGUCAUUUAUGGUCCAAUAGCUCUCGUCCUCUGGACGUCAAAUUCCCCCCGAAAUUAUUUCUCAUUCCGCCCACCGACACAUACUCCUCCAGAAUUGGGUUUCCCGUUAGAAUUACAUGCGUUACAAUAGCAAAACCUAGAGCUUACGAUUUGAGAUGGUCAAUUCAUAAUUCCUCGACCCCGCUUUCUGCUGGCCAAGAGAUCCAUAAAAGUUUGGGCCGGUCCCCUACGGAAGACGAACUUGCUAGUGAAGAAUUUGAGGCGAUUAAAAAUUCGGUACUCGAUUUGUUCCACGGAUCGGAUCGUAAAAUGACAACGACCAAUACAUUGGGAAAUCAUGAAAUUGGGGAAUGGAUCAAAGUCUUGGAUGUCAAAUUGAAUGGAAUGCGAAAAACGGACUCGGGGAAAGUAUUGACUUGUUCCGCUUCUAAUGGCCUGUCAAUCGGGCCUAGGUUUAACCGUAGGGAGGAUAUAGAUAUUACUAUGCAAAAUACGAGCGUGAAGAUAAAUGUUAUAUACGAUCCUGUUGUUUCGAGUAAGCCAAUAGUCAAGAUUAACGAAGGGGACGAUUUGAAUCUUACCUGUCACAUAGAUGCCAAUCCCGAACCUUUUAGAAUUAAUUGGAGGAAGCAAGAACGCGAAAUAUCCCUCGAUUAUUUGAGUAACAAUAAAACGUUAUACGUUCCCAAAGUCAGCAGAUAUUUUAACGGUUCUUAUAUAUGUAGAGCGGAAAAUAAACUCAGGAUAACCGGGGGUACGACCAUAUUGGGAGCUGGAGAAUCCGUAUCGGAAAUCCAUGUUUUAUACGCACCGGGUAUGCCAACAAUCAGCAUUGCCGCUAAUAAUCAAAAUAAAAGGACGGAGAUGGGCCAAAUUAUAACGAUAAUCGAAGGGAAAUCUUUCCAGCUAUCUUGCGGCAUAGAAAACGCGAGCGAUAUUGGCAACCCGAAGCCUUCUUUCAAAUGGUCAAAGUCUAUUUUCACCGAUUCCGGCAAUAUCGUUAACGCCCAUUUAAAUUGGGCCAAAAGCUCCAAUAGUGAUCCCUACCUAAAUAAAGUUAAAGAGGUUCAGUUAGCCGUGGCGCCUACCUAUAAAAUAAACGGGGCAGGCAUUCAAGAUACGGGCAUAUACUAUUGCGCGGCUUACAAUGGGAGAGGGGAGAGCGAAAAAACUAUCGUCAAGGUCUACGUCAGAGCCUUGCCAAAAUUAGUACCAGAAAGAUAUCAUUCCGAUGCUACAAAUAUAAUGACGGUUAAUGUGACCCAAACAUUUUUUAAAUUGGAAUGCAGUUUUACAGGCAGACCUGCUCCCCAAAUUGUAUGGUUCCGUAACGGAAAACCUAUAAAUCGACAGGGCACUCAGAAGGAAAAAAACACGUUUGAAUCAUCUCCUAAUAUCUUCCGUUACAAAUUAACCCACGUUAGUAGCUUGAGUUCGGUGGGAUAUAAUCAACAUUUAAAUCGGUAUGAAGAAUUUGAUAACGAUGAUGAUAUCAAUAAAAGAUUUUUCAUCAACGAGUCUACAUCAGCCUAUUUUAGUCAAUACCUAUCCAAAGUUACAAGUUUUUUGCAUUGGAAAACCCCCAUAGCACCGACUGACAAAGGCGUUUAUACUUGCGUAGCUACCAAUGACGGAGAUCUAAACGCGGCGUCACUAAAUGAUGGUCACGGACUUUUAUUUGAUACUGUUUUAUUAUUUAACGUUACUACUGCCGAAACAGCAAGAAAUAAUUUUACCUUGAGAGUACUCCACCCUCCAGAAAUUAUCAAAAGUUUUACUCCAGAUAAAGUAGCUUGCGAUGUUAAUUCGAAUAGAGCAGGCAGAUUUUAUAGCAAUUCUGAUGAUAGAUUGGAAGACGAAAUAGCAACUGUAUCCCUCAAAUGUUUAGUCGCUUCGGAUCCCAGGCCAGAAUUCAAUUGGAGAUUCGAUAAUCAUAUGCUCCCAAAGAACAAUCCUACAAACAUGGAAUCAAAAUAUAACAUAUAUUCUAACGAAAUUAUCAAUCGAGAUCGUGACAUGAUUUACCAAUCUACUUUGAAAAUUAAUGACCUCAAUGCUGGUGACCUAGGAAUGUACACUUGCAUAAUUAAUAAUGUCAUGGGAUUCAGCGAGCACCACAUCAGUCUGCAAUCCAAAAGCAAGCCCGAUCCUCCCACUGACCUAAGAUCCGACUUAAUAACCCACGAGUCGGCGAGUAUUCUGUGCAGCACUGGAUUCGACGGAGGUUAUCUUCAAAAAAUCAAUUUGUAUUAUUGCAAGGUUUCGAAUUUAACUUACACCUCGGAUUACGACGCUAAAGACGGGGAGGAAAAUAGUAUCGAAGGCGGAAAUAAAUAUCUUGGAGCUGAUCAAAACGUCAAUAAUGAUGUUUACGAUAGACAAACUAGAGAUAUUUCCAAAGGGCGCUUCGAAAUAAUAGAUGAUAUCUCCAAGUUUGGAGUGGACGUGGACUCUUUGUUCGCUAGAAACGGUAUCAAAAAAAUAUCCUUACAAGUUACCCCUCUCGGCUAUAAUCUUUACAAUUCGUCGAUGAAUCACGUCGACAUGAAUCAUCAGAAGCAAACGGCUUACUCAAAUAUGGUGAAGUUCGAUCUUGAAAAUCUAAAUUCCAAUACUAAAUAUAUACUAUGGGUGGAUAGCGAAAAUGUCUUAGGAACCAGUCAACCUGCGAUAAAUAGUUACAUGGCAAUUGAAACUGGAUUCAGAUUAUAUGAUAAGAAAGAAAUACCGAUCCCUAAAUCAAUAGUUUAUCAAGAAUAUAAUGGUACGAUAACCUUCUUAACUUCUAUAACUGAUGGCCUAUGCGCAAAAAUUACUGAACACAGUCAAAAUUAUGACGUGUUAUUUGAUUGCGUAGGAUUGCCUCAUGCCUCAGACAAAAAUCAAGACACUUUCGUGACUUUGAUCCUCAAAAAUAUCCGUAACCGUCACACUAAUAAGAACUACGUAGACGAUGCAAACAUUGGUAACAAUAUCAUGGAUGAUACAUACAAUCAGAGUCAUUACGUUAAAGAGGGAUUGUAUGUGAAGCUAUGCGCAGUUUACGAUAAUAUCAAUGUGUGUGGGAAGCAGGAAAAAGCGGAAAUCAUAAGCGAUCCAAAACCAUCCAAAUACUCUCCUAAAAAUUCAUUACCACAAUCGUCGAUCGUGAUGAUAGCGAUAUCUAUUCCUGUCCUAAUAAUAUUGGUACUUAUAACAGCGUUUAUCGUGUUUUGCCUUAAGAAAAACAAGGAUAAAAUGCUAAAGGAAUACGAAAUGAAGCGAUCCAUGCAAAACAACAUGAAAAACAAUAAAAAUAACAUUAACAACGAUCAUUUUGCGUAUGACAAUUAUAACCGAACCCUUCAAAAGAUGAAUUCGAAUGCGCUCGAUACUAACAAACAAUACGCAAACGGAAAUUUGAAUUACCAAAAUGUCCACGAUGAUAGGAAAUAUUCUGGAUUCGUCAAUAAAGGAAUGGAUCUGGUUGAUGAACCAUACACUCACUAUAAUGAUCUUAACUUCGAUCAAUCAACCCCCAAAGGGAAUAACACGCUUAAGAACCAUAAAAAUACUCAAAACUAUCAUCAAUCUGAUAAUAACGACACUCUCGCUAGAAAUGAUGGAAAUGGCUAUAAUGUUCAUGAUGAUAAUCAGAGCUCAAACACGAAUAACGGCAAGAAAAUAUUUCAGCAAAGAUUCAGGACUCCGGAAGAUCUUCUCUUAGCGGCCAGUUUGGAAGAAAAUGAGGAUGAUUUUGACGAGUAUAAUCCCAACUUUGAAAAUCCUAAUUUAAAUUUAGGUGGCAAUAAUAAUUCCUCACACACCAAUUUGGGAAUUAAUAACGAUUAUUCUCGAAACGGCAAUAGUAGCAUAUACGACGAUAACAAUUUACACAGCGCCAAUAUUAGCGAAACCAGUUCUCAAAGGAUAAUGCAUGAAGUUAUAGUUUAACAGAGCCAAAAAUAAGAAAGAUCCCCAUUCGAUAAAAAAGAUUUUUGCUCGUGAGAUAAUAGAAAUCAGCAACUUCUAACACAAUCUUUUAACUGUAUAUAUUAUAGAUAUAUUUUUUAAAAUAACGAUAUUUCGCAGAAAAAAAUUACAAUAAAUUUUUAUAUUUUGUUUACUUUAUAAUAUAUAUUAUAUUACUUUUUUUUUACAGAAAUUAGAAUCGCUUUAAAAUAGUAUAUACUUACAAAAAAAAAUCUCCUCUUCAUGUAAUAUCUUAUAUAAGAUUUAUAAUUUAAUAUAACUUUUCUCUGAAUUUACCAAAUCAAAACCGCAUUUUAGAAUUUAUAUGAGUUAUUACAUAAAUAUUAUUAAAAAAUUAUAUUUUAUUUAUAAUAUUAAACUAAGGAAGAUAAUGAUGAAAUGAUGAGUCCAAUAUAUAUUUUUUUAUAUACAUUUUUUUUAAAAAUAAAAGUUUUUUAAAGUUUAAAAUAUAAACUCCCUUCUCAUAUAAUUCCGUCCAAACAAAAAAAAAUUUAUUAGCUGUUACGUGAAUAAAUUAGAUAUGUUUUUUUAAAUGGUUUAAUUUGGCAUUAACUUAUACGAAUUUGAUACGCAGCAGCCCAUUCAUUUUAGAAUUAUACUAUGUAAUAGAUUUUCCUUAAUUAAACAA